CUCUACACCUUUACAAUACCAGUCAUCAUGCUGAACGGAGUUUACACCCCCAUACCUAGAGGAGCUGGCCGAAGGGGAGCCGGCCGAAGGGGAGCCGGCCUGGGCACAACUGGAGGGUGACACCCUCGCUGUUCUACGACCAGGAAAAACCCAGGCUGGAGCUCAAAUCCGAGCCGUGUUUUGAUGACGAUUAUGGCAACAUUGAUACAUGACGAAGAACUCCUUAGACUUGGCCAAAACGCCGAAGAAAACUGGCAAUCUUCUACCGUUGAUUAAAGAAGAAUUAAAAUGUAAAAUCCAAGCCAAACGAUUAGCGGCUGGUCAAGAAGAACUAGACAUCCACGAGUCCAAACCCAAAGUCAAUCAGCUGACUGAAGAUGAUAUACGAAGGCGGGAGACCCGUAAAGCUCAGAAUAGACGUGCUGCUCAGCGAUAUCGUGUUAAACAGCGACGCCUGAUCACUACGGACAAACAGGAGAAACAGCGUCUUCGAGUUGGAGAAUGCGUCUCUGCUCGCCCAGGUUUCGUCAGCUGCAAGAAGACAAGCAGAGGAUAUUAGCCAUUCUGGAGGACCACAAGAGGCACUGCUGCUCUCCGCGUGAAGCUGUCGUGCCUGACUGGGAUGUAGACCCCAUCUUUUUCAUCAACUGAUCGAGAGAGAGAGUAUGGGGAAAACCCUUGACACACCCGCCAUAUAACCGUGUUGCAGCCUACAUGUGCAGUCAACAAGCAUACGCAUGUGCAACUUCCACCAUCUGCAGACCAGACACGGCAUGCAGCGGCCUUUUGCUAUGUAUUUUUACACAUGUAUAUGUCGCAAAGAGACCAUUGUUCCUGUGUAUUUACGUGUACGUAUAUAGUUUUGAGCGCAUUGUCUCUUUUUAAAAAUGCGAAUGUGUGAUAUCAGCUCAAUGUUGCGCGAGGAAACACCCAUUAGGCUGUUUUCCAUGCCCUCGAUCAAAGUGUAACAAUGCAAUGGGUUCAGUUUUCCAUGCCCUCUGUCAGAGUGUAACAAUCCAAUGGGCUCUGUUUUCCAUGCCCUCGAUCAAAGUGUAACAAUUCAAUGCGCUCAGUUGUCUAUGUCCUCGAUCAACAUGUAACAAUGCAGUGAGCUCAGUUUUCCAUGCCCUUGCAGUGAGCCAAGCUUAUCAAUAUCACAACACAAAAGGUUAUAGACCAACGAAUGGGAAUAAUUUGCACAUGACGACAUUUGCAUUACAUGUAACGUUAGUCUCAGUCUUCCAGUCAUCAAGUUAGAUUUGUUACAUCUUACCAGUA